AUGCCCGAGGCUACAAAUACCUGGUGGACAAAUUGGCUCUCUCAGAUUGCUGGAAAUGACACCAUUCCAGACCAAUAUGCCUACCAUUUGGAAGGGUCACCAGAUGACUUCUACGAUGAUCUCCAGAAUACAAACGUCUCAUUGGCAGCUCUUCUGAAGACCUAUGGUCUUCCAGAGCGACAGAUCAACAUCAACGAAUAUGCCACAUUCGACGAGCAAAUCCCAGCUGGCGCAGCUUGGUGGAUCUCUCGACUGGAAAGAUACGAUGCAUACGGUCUUCGUGGAAACUGGCAGUCUCUCUGCGUUCUGCAUGACCUGUUCGCCAACCUUCUCACCAAGGUCUCAGACCCAACUACCUGUACCGACACCGACUACGUUGCAGCUCCGGAGUACCAAGUAUACAAAUACUACAACCUCAACAUGACCGGCGAACGACUGAAUACUACUGGUACCGGCGAUCGCUUGAUGGAUGUAUACGCCACUGUUGAUUCCGACAAGGUCCGCAUUCUUUGUGGAGUCCGGAUCACAGAGGGUACUUGGCAGAUUACUGUGGACAACAUGGAUGCUGUUGGACUUCCAUCUUCGGGAACAAUUGACAUUCAGACUUGGGGAUUUGCUGGUACAUCAGUAUGGGAAGAAGUGGACUCCCCGAGCGACCGUGGAAUUGUCUCGCAUACCUACUCUGGUAACUCGUUGACAUUCCCCAUAUACCAGACUGAUACUAGUACAGCCUGGGCCUUUGAAUUUUCUCGCUAG